AUGAUGGUGCCAUUACAGCAGAUAAAGGAAGAAUUGAUUGAAGAGUGGCAACCAGAACCUCUUGUUCCUCCUGUUUCAGAAGACCAUCCUGCUCUCAACUACAUCGUUUCAGGCCCGCCAAGCCACAAAAUUGUGGUGAAUGGAAAAGAAUGCAUAAACUUUGCCUCAUUUAACUUUCUUGGAUUGUUGGAUAACCCUAGGGUCAAGGCAGCAGCUUUGGCGUCUCUAAAGAAGUAUGGCGUGGGGACUUGUGGACCUAGAGGGUUUUAUGGCACAUUUGAUGUACAUUUGGAUUUAGAAGACCGCCUGGCAAAAUUUAUGAAGACAGAAGAAGCCAUUAUAUACUCAUACGGAUUCGCUACGAUAGCCAGUGCUAUUCCUGCUUACUCUAAGAGAGGGGACAUUAUGUUUGUAGAUAAAGCAGCCUGCUUUGCUAUUCAGAAAGGAUUACAGGCAUCACGUAGUGACAUUAAGUUGUUUAAGCAUAAUGAUAUGGCUGACCUGGAGCGACUACUAAAAGAACAAGAAAUUGAAGAUCAAAAGAAUCCUCGCAAGGCUCGUGUAACUCGCCGUUUCAUUGUAGUUGAAGGGUUGUAUAUGAACACUGGAACUCUUUGUCCUCUUCCAGAUUUGGUUAAGUUAAAGUACAAAUACAAAGCAAGGAUCUUUCUGGAAGAAAGCCUUUCAUUUGGAGUCCUUGGGGAGCAUGGCCGAGGAGUCACAGAACAUUUUGGAAUCAGUAUUGAUGAUAUUGAUCUUAUCAGUGCCAAUAUGGAGAAUUCGCUUGCUUCUAUUGGGGGUUUCUGCUGUGGCAGGUCUUUUGUAAUUGACCAUCAGCGACUUUCUGGCCAGGGAUACUGCUUCUCAGCCUCCCUGCCUCCGCUGCUAGCCGCUGCUGCCAUUGAGGCCCUCAACAUCAUGGAGGAGAGCCCAGGGAUUUUUGCGAUGUUGAUGGAAAAGUGCAAACGAAUUCAUAAAGCUUUACAAGGCAUUUCCGGAUUAAAAGUGGUGGGGGAGCCACUUUCUCCAGCGUUUCACCUGCAGCUAGAAGAGAGCACUGGGUCUCGAGAACAAGAUGUUAAACUGCUCCAGGAAAUUGUAAAUCAAUGCAUGGACAGAAGCAUCGCUUUAACUCAGGCACGCUACUUGGAGAAAGAAGAGAAGUGCCUCCCUCCUCCAAGCAUUAGGGUUGUGGUCACAGUGGAGCAAACGGAAGAAGAACUGGACAGAGCUGCAUCCACAAUCAAGGAGGUGGCCCAGGCCGUGCUGCUUUAGUCUUGCCUGGCGGCUGGCUGGACAGCUAUGCACACAGCAUGCACACGGGUCUCGGUCAGAGCCUGGCACCCAGAGGAGGCUCUGCAAAUAAGGGAUGGCGUUGUCACCAGAUGAGUGGGUAUGGGCUCAGUGUGUGACCACAUGCAGGAUGCUGGUUAUUCUUAAAAAGAACACACAUCUAAGUCCAGGAAGUGAUUUUUAAGAGGAAAACUUACAGCAGCACAUAUAUAUUAUUUAAAUUGUGCUAUUUAGUACUAUUUAAAUGUUUUAAGAUACUAGAUUUUAUAUAUUUUUUUGUUAUCAUUUGAAAAUAGAGCUUCAGUCUGUUCUUCCUUCUAAUAAAAAUGAAGAGAUUCUAUAAGCACUCCUUAAUAUUUCCUAGAAAAAUGUCUUUUCAGCAUUAAAGCUUAGAGGAACACUUCAACAUACAUGAUACAAAAUACAUUCUUGAAGACCUAAUUCAACCACAUCUUUUUCAGUCCUCAUCACAUGAAGCUCAAUGGUGGCUAAUAGAUAAGGGAACAUUUUUUGUGUGAUUAUUAUAAACUUUUUGUUCUAUUUGAACCCUCGAAUUUUAUGUACACUAAAUAGUAAUGGUACACCAUUUUCUAACAGCUAAUUUUAGUCUCUCUAACCAGAACAUAGUCAUUAUGCUUCUUAAUUAGCAAUAAUAUAAAUCAAAUGCUAUUUUAUUUUAAUAAAAUUGACUUUACAUUUAUUAUGUGUUGGCUGCUAGUCUGUUUUAGGAAGAGGGUUACUGUGAUGACCCCGAAGUAGAAAUCAUUUCCUUGAUACUUUAGAGUAUCUUGGGUGGGUUCCUUUGUUGUCUACUGGGCUUGCCUGGGGAGCCAGAACUACAGGGCUUCUCUAAGCCAAGGAAAGGGAGACUUUUGUUUCACUUCAACUUGCGAGUUCCAAAUACCUAAGGAAAGGUGUAAAAGCACUAAAAAUAAAGAUUUUAAGCUGUA